AUGGCGCUUUCGACGUGCGGGGCCGGGCAUAGCGGUGCGCUCGACUCUGCCGCUCCGCGCACGGCAGCUGUUGCGCAGCGCCAGCGGCCAACAGGGCGGUACGUGUAUGAAUCGUCGUCAGAUGAGGAGCCUUCGUCGUCUGCACCUGUCCCAUGGCGCUCGGCGAGCCGAAGACGACUGCGGUGGGAUACAAGCGAGCAAGAUCUCACGUCUGACAGUGAAUCAGAUAAUACACUUCCACCCGAUUUGGGUGCCAUACGGCUAGCGAACGAGCUAGAUCCGUGGGACCGCUGGGAGCAAGAUUGCCGGCGACGUGCAUGGCGACCUGCCGCCAAACAAAACAGCAGUGUACGGCGCAGCAUGACGCCCGGACGCGAGUUGACACCUGCCGUGGACAGCGACAUGCAUGAAAUAGCAAACAUGCUUUCCCAUUUCCAAAUGCAGCACAAGGAAACCGAGCAGAAAGAGCGCGCUGCGUUUGAGAGGCGCAAUGCGGACCUUUGGGAAGGGAUCGAGAAGGCGGUCCGCGACGCGGAGACGCGAGCCGAGCACGAAGCCGAGCAGCUUGCUGCAGCACGCAAGCGGCAGGAGCAGGCGAAAGCAGAUGCAAAAAAGGCACGCGAGCUAGAAAUGGCGCGCAUUGCCGAGGAAAAGAAGGCUGCAGAGGAGCGCAAGGCUGCGGAAGCUGCAGCGCAACGCGCCCGUGCGGAGCAGGACAAGGCCGAAGAGGUUUUCAAUACUAUGCGCGGUGGUGAGCAUGUUUGGCCGCAAGCUGCGCGUGAAUAUGCGCACUGGCAAGAACGUAUGCGCUAUGUAAAACAAGAUAUCCUACCCCAAGUCAAGGCAAACGCCGAUUGGCGGAAACAAUGCUUUGCCGCAAAGCGCGCCAUCACUCCCAAGAUAGGACAGCUGACCAACGAGCGCCAACAGAUCCAGCGGGUCACUACCGAAGUUGCGGCGAUACUGACGCAGGCGCGCAGUGUGCCGGACAAGCACGCAAGUACGGUGCUGUACUAUUGGAUGCUGAACCACCUCGCAAAGAGCUUGAUUCGACAGGCAGAGCAGGAAGUCGCAGCGCGGCAGGAGACUGCAUUUCCUUUGGCUCGCACCGCAUUGGGCCUUAUGCUUCUUGGGCACGACACACUCGGCGAAGUGCUUAUGGCGCGCCUAGUGAAGAAGUGCCCGUUUGUCCUUGCCUAUGUCCCGGAGCGCAAGGCUGGAGUGGAUGAGGCAGCGUACCGCAAGACUCUCGGGCUCAAGGUGGAUGGCGAAGAAACAGUGCACAUGUACGCUACGCGGAUGACUGGAAUCGCCGCACUCUACUUUGCUUGCCUCCAGUCGUCGCUUGUCUCUGUUGCAGAAACGAUUUCCGUCGGUGCGAAUUUGCCCGCGCUUGCAAAGCAUCUGUGUGCACCGUUCCGUCCCGACAGACUUUGGACGUGGAGCGUGCGGUGCACAACACCGCCCAUUACACAGCAGCCCUUACUCCCUGCACUCUGGUCCACAUUCCUCGAAGUGGCAGGGCCGGCAUAUCUGCAGCGGUUCGGCACACAAGCGCGGAAACUGCUUGCUAUGCUUUUUCAUGCGGGAAUUCAGCAGCAGAAACUCGCGCCGGUAACAGAAAAGGAGGAGGUGAGUCAGCGGAAUGCAAUCAAGGCGGCCAGUGUGCGCCUGCGACUUAUACUCGAAUCGUGGGAGCAACGUGGGAAUCUCGACGAAUAUGCGUCUGGAGGACUGUGCAUGGAUUCGUAG